CCAGCUUUGACUCGCGUCCCAAAUGGCCGACAACUUGAACAUGAAGCGCAAGGCGGUCGUCGUCGGCGCAGGUCCAGUCGGAUGUCUGACCGCCGCUGGCCUUGCCAAGCUCGGAUGGAGCGUCGAUAUCUACGAGGCGCGGCCCGACAUCCGAUUGCCGUCCUCGAAAGCGGCGGCCCAGCAGCGAUCUAUCAACCUCGCGAUUUCGUCGCGGGGCAUCGCCGCGUUGCGCACCGUGCUCGAUGAGGCCGCCACCGCUCGUUUUCUAGAGACGGUGAUCCCCAUGCGCGGUAGGAUGAUCCAUCACACGGACGGGACGCAGGAAAGCCAAGCAUAUGACAGACACGGCCAGUGCAUCAACUCGAUCGACCGUGCUCUUCUCAAUGAAUCGAUUCUCAACGAGACCCUGGGCGUGGCGAACGUGCGGGCGUUCUUUAGGCAUAAAGUGGCCUCGAUAGACUUCGAAGAACGGUCGAUGGUCGUCACGAACGCGGAAGAUGGCCAGGAUCGCAAAAUCUGGUUCGGCCUUUGUAUUGGUGCGGACGGGAGCUAUUCUGUCGUGAGACGGCAAAUGAUGAGAGUCGUCCGGAUGAACUUCCAGCAAGAAUAUAUUCCGCACGAGUACGUCGAACUCAAGAUGCCGCCUGGGCGACAUGCGGACGGAACACCUGCCUUCCUCCUGGACCCCAAUCACCUGCACAUAUGGCCGCGGCAUUCCUUUAUGCUGAUCGCUCUUCCAAACAAGGAUCAUACCUUCACUUGCACGCUAUUCGCGCCGACAACCGAAUUCAAUUAUCUAACGUCCAUCUCUCGGUCCGAUAAACUAGCCUGGUUCAAUAGAUACUUCCCGGACGCAGUCCCGCUCAUCGGUCAAGAGCAAUUACUCGACGACCUCGAGAGGCACCCGCGCAGCCCCCUGAUAUCUAUCAAGGCUAACCCGUAUCACUACAAGGACCGAGCCAUAGUUCUGGGCGAUGCUGCGCAUUCGAUGGUUCCAUUUUACGGCCAGGGGUUAAAUUGCGGAUUGGAGGACGUUCGCGUGUUGUAUAAUCUCCUACGAACGAAGACGAACACGCGCGAACUACAGCAGGACUCCGACCAUUCUCAGCUCCGCGAAGGCGGUCCGGCGCCACGGACGGGAUCGUCUUCUGAUGUAGAUCCGGUACUGGCGUCCGUCCUGGAGGAAUAUUCGAAAACCCGUCACGAAGAUUUGGUGGCGAUCUGCGAUCUCGCCAUGGACAACUACGUCGAGAUGCGGCACUCGGUGACGACGCUGGGGUACCAGUUCCGGAAAAGGCUAGACAACUUCCUAUCCGCCGUCAGCUCCGACACACCCUCAUUCAUCGUCGCUUCUCCGGAUAAGGCUUAUUCGCCGCAACUCGAAACGCUGUCCUUCACGCCACAUCCUCGCGGUUGGCUACCGCUCUACACCAUGGUCACCUUCCGACCCGACAUCAGCUACGCGACGGCCAAGAAGAAAGCGGAAACGCAGGGCAAGCUGCUCUCUUUCGCCGGCUCGGCGUUGACCUUAGGCGGCGCGAUGGCCCUUGUGGCGGGGGCAAUAUCGGUUGGGAAAUACCUGAGGUGCGCGAGCUGAGGGAGCCCUCGGAGAACGCCACGUCCACACACCUCGAUAGAAUAUAUGGAGGGCCACCACGGCCUUCCGAUGCGCAUGCGUGUGGGACCAGGUCCCGGUUCACGGGUGCGAUUGCACGGCAGAAAACGGCAGUAUCUGUCCGUACGCUCGUGUCCAAGUGGUGCUGCGUGCGUAACAUACCACACGGUGGGCGAGGCAUGUAAUAUAUAAUGGUAGCUUGUUCUGGCGAUAGAAGUCCCCUGC